AAACGUAAUAUGUAAAGAAAAAAUAUCAUGUUUUUAAGCUUUUUCUCUUUUGGUUUCUAUUUUGUCUUGACAUUGUUUCUCCAACACUUGUUUCUUCUAUAAAUUGUAAAACACAACCACACAUCAAAUACCUCCACCAAAAUAUAUUCUCCACAACCCUAUCCUUUUCUUCACUUUUUUCAAAAAUAUGAUUCAACAAGAAAAUUUUCACUCUCCAUGGCCAUUAGUUUAUGAAGACAUAGACUCAUCAACUUUUGAUAAUCAUCAUCAUCAUCAAGUUGUUGUUGAUCCCUAUAGCUUCACCAUGGUAAGCCAUGUUGAUGAUGACUAUAUUCCAUAUGGCAUCAUCAUGGAUGACCAUGUUGAUGAUGACUAUAUUCCAUAUGACAUCAUCAUGAAUGACCAUGUUGAUGAUUAUGGUUUCAAUACUCUAUUAAGCACCUCAGAGAAUAGUACUCUCUCUGAAAUCUCCAUAUUCACCAAUGAUCAUAUCCAAUUUCCAAUUCAACAAGAAACCCUAGAACUUCCAUCACUAAUGGAAUUUGAAUCUUUUCAUUCAAUUUCGUGUCCCCAAAUUGUUGAUGUUCAAGAUCAUGAGUAUCGAGAAGAAAGUGAAGCGAGUUUCGCUUCACAAAAUCUCCUCGAUAAUCAGAUACAAAGUUUGAAUUUUCUCGGAGACAGUUGUAAAACGGUCACCAGUUCUACUUUAAUCCUUGAUGAUUUCCCUUCAACAAAAAUUUCAUGUGAAGCAUGGAGUCCAACACAGUCAACGAAAUCGGAUUUUUCCUCAAUUCAACAAUCACUUAUUGUUCCACAAGAAAACAUGGAAAUUGACAACAAAGUGAUUCUUCCACACUUGAUGGAAGCACAUGGAGAAGCCUUGGAGAAAGGACAAAAAGCACUAGCAGAAGUUCAUUUGAAGUGUAUAAGCCAAAAAGUGACUCCACUUGGUGAUUCUCUUGAGACUCUUGCAUUUUAUUUGUCACAAGAAGUGACAAAUCAUGCAGAUUAUCUCAAAGGGGAAGCUCGCAAGAGUUUUGAGGAAGCUUUUAAGGUAAUUUAUCAAGGAAAUCCAAUCGGAAAAAUUGCUCAUUUUGCAGCUAUUUCAUCUAUUCUUGAGGCUGCUGCUAUGUUAGAAGAUUGUGAUGAAAUUCACAUAAUUGACUUUUGUAUUGGAAAUGGUGUUCAAUGGCCUUUUUUGUUAGAAGCUGUUUCAAAGAUGAAGAAAAGAUUGAAAUUGACAUCAGUUAAAUGGAGUGAUGAAAAUUCUGAAUGUGUUUGGAAUUUUGAGGAUACCAAAAGGGAACUUUAUGAGUAUGCUAAAUCAUGUGGUUUGAAGUUGAAGGUAGAGGAAAAAGAAUUGGAAGUGUUGGUUUGUGAGAUCAAAAGAAUGAGCAAAAAGGGUUUGAAGAAAGAGUUUUUGGCUUUUAAUUUGAUGAUAGGUCUUCCUCAUAUGGGAAUGGUAAGAAGCAGAAGGAAAAGUGCUUUUGAGUUUGUAAAAGUAGCUGAGGAUUUGAUCAAGAACUAUGGUAGCAAGGGAAUGAUUACUUUUGGUGAUGGUGAAGCAUUUGAAAAACUAAAAAAUAGUAUGAAUUUUAAGUCAUUUUAUGAAGGGAAUUUGUUGCAUUAUAAGGCCUUGUUGGAAUCAAUUGAGUCACAAUUUUCAGAAAGAUUCUCAGAAGCAAGAAUUGCAUGUGAGGUGUUGUUUGUUGCACCUUGUAUAUCUUCUCUUGAUUGGUUACAAACAUGGGAAGAGAUGAAAAGUGAUGGUAAUUUUGAGGUUGGGUUUAGCUUAGAAGGUGGAAGAUUGAGCAAAAAUGUUUUGAUGGAAGUAGGAGAAGUUUUGAGAGGAAGUGAAAGUUCAUAUGAGGCAAGAAUUGAAGGACAAAAUGAGAAUGAACUUGUUUUAGAAUGGAAAGGAAAUCAAUUAUUAAGAUUUUCAAUUUGGAAAAAUUAAAGGCUAGGAAGUUAUGAGUGCAGAGUAUUUUUCUUUUAGUGUUCCAAUUAAAAUGACUAUUCAAUUGAUAGUUGUAUAGUUAUUAUAACUUCAUUUGUAUAAAGAUUCUUGCUCCUUUUGUAUCUAUCCAUAAUAUAUGUACAUCAUAACAUUAAAUUGA